AUGGCAAGAGCAAAUAAUGCGUUCAAGAUAGCGGCCACUACAAUCAACUUGCUUGUGUUCGUCCUAGUUCUAGUCUUCAACUACGUCUCCACAGAUCCGAAGGAUGGUCCUUUGAACUGGUUGUUUGGAAAUGCAACAACGGGUGAAGUGUCGGGCAAGUACUACAUCGAAAUCACACCAGCAGGCUGGGCAUUUUCCAUCUGGGGUUUGAUCUACGCUUGGCAAAGCGCGUGGAUCAUCUACUCGUUGACUCUUCUCUUCAGAAAGAACGCCCCGGAGGUAAUUUCGCCUGUGCUGCACGUGUUUUAUUCGCUCGCCAGUGUUGCGAACAUUUGUUGGAUCGUGAUCUGGAGCCACGAGUGGAUUCAGGUCUGCGCGUUCCUACUCUUCGCCACGGCGUUCUUCCUUUACGCAACCUUGGCAAGAUCAUAUAUGACCCUAAAUCUAGCAACGAAAGGAGUUCCUAGAGGCGACAGCAUCGCCACACAAAUCCUGGUAAACAACGGUAUCGCGCUAUAUGCGACCUGGUGCACGAUUGCAUCUCUUCUUAACCUUGCAAUGGCGAUUACUUACUUUCACGGCGUCGAUCAAGAUGUUGCCUCCACUAUCUCGCUCGUGAUUCUCGCUUUGGAGGUUAUCGUGUGGUUUACGCUAGAAAACACUAUUUUGGACAAGUAUGUGAGGAAUACACUUAGCGUCUAUCCUGUCGUCAUCUGGGCCCUCUCAGCAAGCAUCUCCAAAAACUGGGAUCCAUCGAAGAGAAAUUCCGUCAUCUCGGUGGUCUUGCUGGCUGUGUCCUGUACUCUGUUAGUCGUCCGUAUUGUCAUUGUGGUAUGGAGAGGAAAGAAGCAAAAACAGCAAGAUGUAAACAAUUCAAACAUGCUCUUGGAGUAG